AACACCAAGCAGUUACUAUAAAAUGUGAUUUUGCAUAACAUUUGGUGAUAGCUUACUUUUUUGUCAACAACAACAAAUUCAAUUUGUGUCAGCAGGUUCAGGCGCUGAAUUAGGUUACCUGCAAUUUGUGGGUUUUUGCGUAAGCCAUAUAAGUUACCCGUAAAUGUGUACGGCCAGGUAGAAUUUUACUCAACCACGAGGAAUUGAAACCAGAUGAUGGAGCAGGAAGUCGCUCAACUCGAAACCUUUUGUGCAGCAAUGUUCGAGACAGCUGAUCCAGCAACUCGUCAGCAUGCUGAAAAAGUUUUGGUUGAAUUCGCAUCUGACCCUACUGCUUUGGAAAAAUGCCAAAUGUUAUUUCAAAGAGCUAUUUCACCAUUUUCUCAACAUUUGGCUGCAACAACAUUGACAAAAAUAGUGACCAAACCUGGAUCAAGCUUGACAUUACAACAGAAGCUGGACAUAAGAAACUAUGUAUUAAAUUAUCUUUACACUGGACAAAAAUUGGCUCCAUUUGUUAUUCAAGGAAUGAUUCAGCUGUUUGUUCGAAUCACAAAACUUUCUUGGUUUGAAGGUUCAAAGGGUGAUUGGUUGUUCAGGAAAGUCAUUGAAGAUGUAACAAAAUUUUUACAGGCAGAUAUGAGUCAAUGUAUUAUCGGUGUUCAAAUACUUAACAUGCUCGUAAAUGAAAUGAAUGAAUCUGAGAGUGUCAAACCACUUACACGGCACAGAAAAAUUGCUGCAACUUUCCGAGAUUCAACAUUGUUCAAUAUAUUUCAAUUACACUGUGGUUUAUUACAACAAGCAACUUCUUCUGAUGCCAGCCAAUUUGAAGAUCCAAUGAAGAAUACUUUAAUAUCAAUUCUAUUGGAUCUGGGUUUGUCAUGUUUAUCUUUUGAUUUUAUUGGGACCUCGCAUGAUGAGUCAAGUGAUGAUCUAUGUACUGUACAAGUUCCAACAAGCUGGAGAUCAGUCUUUCUUGAUCAAUCAACGAUGCUGCUAUAUUUUGAACUAUAUAAAAGACUUCCUUUAUCAUUAUGUGCGACAUUACUGUCAUGUCUUGUACAAAUGGCUUCAGUACGUCGAACUCUACUUAAUAACGCCGAAAGAUCUAAAUUUCUUUCCGACCUUUUAUCUGGUAUCAAAGGAAUAUUGGAAAAUUCUCAAAAAUUAGCUGAUGCAAGCGUGUACCAUGAAUUUUGUCGGCUUCUUGCCAGACUGAAAUCAAAUUAUCAACUUGGAGAACUAGUCAAAGUAUCUUGCUACACAGAAUGCAUGAGAUUGAUAGCAAAUUUUACUGUUACAUCGCUAAGGAUGUGGCAGUUUUCUCCUAAUUCAUUACAUUAUUUACUCAGUUUGUGGCAGAGAAUGGCUGCUAGUGUGCCUUAUGUGAAAGCUCAAGAACCUCACUCGUUAGAUACAUAUACUCCUGAAAUAACAAAAGCAUUUAUUGAUUCAAGACUUGAAUCUGUAGCUGUGAUUUUGAGAGAUGAUUUAGAAGAUCCAUUGAAUGAUAUUGAUAUCAUAAGACAACAGUUGGAUCAAAUAUCAACAAUUGCCAGAUGUGAAUACGAAAAGACAUGCGAGCAUUUGGUUCGAGUGUUUGAUGAGUCUGCUUCAGGACUGCAAAAACUCUUACAGGCAAAUGCAGAUGAUCAACAGCUUGCAUUGCCACAAGGACAAUUAACGUGGAUAGUUUACUUAAUUGGAGCUGUUAUCGGUGGUCGAGUAUCCUUUGCAUCUAAUGAUGAUCAUGAUGCAAUGGAUGGUGAAUUAGUCCUCAGAGUCUUACAACUUAUGGAAAUUACAGAUACACGUUUGACUUCAGGACAUGGAUUUGCUAACAUUGAACUUGCACUUCUAUCAUUUUUUGAACAAUAUAGAAAAAUCUAUGUUGGUGACCAAGUACAAAAAACAUCAAAGGUUUAUAAAAGGUUGUCUGAAGUUCUCCAAAUAACAGAUGACUCAAUGAUUUUAAAUGUAUUUGUCACAAAAAUAAUAAAGAACUUAAAAUAUUGGAGCAAUCAUGAACCAAUCAUAACAAAGACAUUGCAAUUACUAAAUGAUCUUUCUAUUGGAUACAGUAGUGUCAGAAAACUCGUAAAAUUGGAGGCAAUACAAUUUUUAUUGAAGAAUCAUAAUAGUACACAAUUUCCUUUUCUCGGUGUUAACUCACCCAUCACUGAUCUUCGAUGUAGAACUACACUUUAUAUGGCUCUCGGACGUUUAUUAAUUGUUGACUUGGGGGAGGAUGAAGAAAGAUUUGAUGAUUUCAUGAGCUCAUUAUCUUCGUUACUUGAUUCUCUUGUUCAAAUGUUGAGAACCAAUCUCAAUAGUGAUGCAUCAUUGAACAACAUUGCUAUGAGAACAAUGAUUGGGUUGUCAAGAGAUUUACAUGGGAUUACUUAUGCAUUUAACACAAAAUCUAGUUAUGCAAUGCUUUUUGACUGGCUCUAUCCUCACUUCAUGUCAGUGAUGCAAAAAGCAAUUGAUGUAUGGUGCUUGGAUCCUACUGUGACUACUCCUGUUUUAAAGAUGAUGAGUGAAUUAGUAUUAAAUCGUGGACAGAGAUUACAAUUUGAAGUUUCAUCUCCUAAUGGUAUCUUAUUAUUUCAAGAAGCAAGCAAAAUGAUUUGUCUUUAUGGAGAAAGAAUACUUCAAGUUGUUGACCUACCAAAAGAAAAGGUAUAUUCACAUAGAUUGAAAGGAGUAUCACUUUGUUUCACAUUGUUGAAGCAAUCUUUAUGUGGAAAUUAUGUGAAUUUUGGAGUUUUCAGACUGUAUAAUGAUCCAACACUGGACGAUGUUCUCAACAUGUUUAUGAAAUUGGUGAUGUCAGUUCCUGCAACUGAUGUUUUGGAUUACCCAAAGCUCAGUAUUUCCUACUACACAUUACUUGAAGUACUGGCGCAGGAUCAUAUGAAUUUUUUAACUGGUCUUCCAUCGCAUAUGAUGCAUCGCGUUAUGUCUUCAAUAUCAGAAGGCCUCACGGCUUUAGAUACAAUGAUUUGCACAUGUUGUUGCGCUACAUUGGACAAUAUGGUGACUCAUUUAUUUCGAUUAAUGUCAAGAUCGCCAACGUCUGAGCGAAGACUGAAACGAUAUAACCAUGAUCCUCAUGCGCAAGAACGCAAUCAGCAUUUUUUACAAGUUAUGACACAGCAUCCUGAAAUGUUACAAAAGAUGAUGUCAACAGUAUUGAACAUGAUCAUGUUUGAAGACUGUCGAAAUCAAUGGAGUAUGUCAAGGCCAUUAUUAGGUCUUAUACUGUUAAAUCAAGAGUUCUUCAAUUCUAUGCAAAAAUCAAUUUGUGAAACUGAAUUUGAAAAUCAUCCGACAAAAAUGUCUGCAAUACAAAAUAGCUUCAGUCAAUUGAUGGACGGAGUUGAACGAAAUCUCCUCACAAAAAAUCGAGACAGGUUCACUCAGAAUUUGUCCUUGUUCCGUCGGGAUAUAAAUCAGACAUUGAGAUCAAACAGCAGCACUGGUGUUGGUCUUGAUCUUUCUCAAUCAGGACAAAUGUCAUGAUGAUUGAUAAAUUCGUAGUAUUUCUCUUGAUACCUUUAUACCUAUGUUUUUGUUGUUCUUUAACAAUGGACCCCGUAACUGCCAAAUUGUGGUACAUUGCAGAAUAUUUUGUUGCCGAAAACAUUUGGCCUUGAUGCUGGCUGUAAUUUGUAAUCUACCGUAUUUUUGGUCCAUCAUUGUUUUUUCUAAUGUUAUUUCCUUCAAGUUCAGCCUUCAAUCAUCAUGAACUUUCAUAACAGCCUUGUUUGUUAAUAUUUCAAUCCCUAUAAUUAAUAGUAUGAGUUUCAAUUUACACAUGAUUAAAUUAAUUUCUUGUUUUAUUAGGGAAUUAAGGACUAUUCGAUUUAAUCUACUAGUGCAAACACUUAAUUUAUGUCACUUUGUCUUCAAUUAGGCUCCUAAGUUCAAUGAUUAGUAUGUAUCAAAGAAAUAAUUCGAAGCAGUAAUCCGCUUGUCAUUUAGUUCUUUUAAUAAUUUUGAUGUGACAAGAGUUCAUGUUAUUGUCUCUGCUCAUGGCCAUCACACCCAUAUCGAUCUUGCUGCUUGUGCAGUUUGCAAUAAUCAUUUUGAAAACGAUG